GAGUUCCGGAAGUCCCGCCGGGACUUCCGCCCGAAGGUUUUCAUUUUCAGAGUGCGAACUCUUCCGGAAUUCAAUGCUUCCGCUUGCAAUUCCUUCACUUGCCCACCUGUUCAGGUCCAAGACAUGAACGGCUGGGAGCUGAUCGGAACCCUGGGAGUGACACUGAAGACGUUGGGGUGGCAAACAAUCGAUCUCACAGCAGCUAUUCGCAACUGGACCCUGGAAGCCCGACCCGUGCCCGAGGCUAACGUUACCGGUGGAUCCGGAGAUCCCCUCAUCAUCGAUGACAAGCUCACGCUGCUCGUCGACUGCGCCGGCUGUCACGGACUCAUCGAAACCGGAAUGCCGCCUGUCGACUUCGACACCACUGACGAGCGCAGCACGAAAGUCUGGCUCAAGCGUCGCAACUUUGCUCGCGACACCAACUCCGCCGCAUUCACUCCUUACUUCGUCAUCGCCUCAAAGCGGUCGGCCAAGUCACGACGGAAGCGAAAGGCAUCAGCGACGUGUCCCGACGACGACGACGACGGCGGCAGUGACGACACCGACGUGGCGAGACGGAAUUGUUGCGUGCGUCGGUUGUUCGUCAGCUUCAAGGACCUGGGCUGGGACGAGUGGAUUUUGUACCCGGACGGGUACUUUGCCAAUUACUGCUUCGGCGAGUGCAGGGAGCCGAAUUUUGCGCACUUCAACACGCACGUGCUCAAGGAUUAUCGCAACUUGUUCCAGGGCACGGACGAGGAGUAUUACGAGGCACUUUCGCCGUGCUGUUCGCCCACCAAGCUUUCCUCCAUUUCACUCAUUUAUUACGACCAAAAGAAACGGAUCAUCAAGCGAGAUCUUCCCAAAAUGCGCGUCGAUGAAUGCGGCUGUGCUUAGAUGAUUUUAAUUUGAAUUAUCCGAUGAAUUUUGAUAUUCUACAAAUCGUAAGACCCCGCGCUAUGAAUGCUUUCGAGAGAGUCCGCCAUCAAUAACUCGGUUUCAUUUGGAAUUGUCAAUUAUUACCCCCCGAAAAGCACUGAUAUUCUGAUGAUUUGUUCAGCAGAAAUUCUCGGUGUUUCAAAGAUCAGAAAAAAAUGUAUUUCGUGCUGUUGAAAUAUUUUACUGCCGAUUUGAAUCCUCUUUCGGUCAUCCCGCAUUUUAUGACCACAUUUUCCUCAUAAUUUUCCAACACGCAACAUUGAAGCUUUUCAUACAAAACCCGAUUUUGGCUCUUUUCCAUGUUUUCGAAAUCAAAAUUGGCCAAUCUGAAACUUCAGUGCCAUUCGUGAACCGUUUUUAAAUGCGGGUGGACUCUUUCUCUACGGUGAUUUUGUCUACAACGAGUUUAUCUGUACGACAAAUUUUUUGGUCCGAUAUGGAUAUCGUUGUUUAGAGAGUUUCUCUGCAACGAAAUUCUUUCUAUAACGAAUUUUUUCUGCGUUCCCAUACUUCCCACACAUUUUUGUUGUAGAGAGAAAGUCCACCUGUAUAGGUAAAGUGUUUGAAGAGUUUGAAGUUGAACUGAGAUUAAGCAGAAAAUUGCAAAAGUUCAUGAACUAUGAAAAAUGUUCUGCAAAUGAAUGAGUAUGCGUGGCAGCUGUUUUCUUUUAAUCGCACAUAAUUUUGGAUGAUUCGAUGAUUUUUUGCCUAUGGAAAAUAAAUUAUCCGAACAAUCUUCGAAGAACUGAUCAUCAAAAUCGCGAAACUUCUGCUGGAGAUAUACACCGAGUGAAAAUGCAGAACUUGGAUAGCAUGCUGAAAUAAGGAAUGCAUAUUACUUCUGGUUUAGUAUGAAUGAAACAGGGACUUGGUUUGUUAGUUUCUUUACUGGACUCCGCGAAAACUUAUCUUCAACGAAAUUCUCAUUUUUAUCCAUGUACCGAAGCUGUUUCCGACCUUUCGAAAAUACAGUAUUAUAACUUGCAGA